AUGGUUUGGAACUUGGAUGCGACAUCUGUUUCAAUCACUUUGUUUGAUGGUUCAGGGGGUUAUGAAAGAGACUAUGGAGGUGAAUUUUCCAUUGGUGGGAAUGAUUUGGAUUAUGAAUUUAGUGGCAGCAAUACCAUAUCAGGGUUAAGGGAGACUGAAAUGAGUCGGUUUAAUGAUAAGAAUGCUUUCAAAGAACAAGAAGCCCAUAAUGCCAUUGCAAAGCUUUUCUGUUGUGCAGCAUUGCCACCACAGACUGUUGAAGAGUUCUAUUAUGUUAAAAAAAUUUAUAACUACCUUAAUCCCAAAGUUUGCCUUAGUGUUGAUGAUGUUGGGCAUUAUUGCUUGGAAACUUAUGAGGAGGUGAAAGCAAAAGUUAAACAAGUUCUGAGAAAUUUGGAUAGACAUAUUAGCUUCUCUGUUGACAUACUGAGGUACGAGAAGCGCUAUGAAUAUCCACAAGAUUAUCUGUGUCUAAUUGCCUAUUUCAUUGACGAUAAUUGGAAGUUGAAGAAGUGGAUCCUUGGGUUUAGUCAAAUUUGGGAUGGGUUCAGUGAGUUACCUCACAAAAUCAUACUGAAGUCUUUGAAAGAUUGGGAGAUUGAGAAAAAGAUAUCCACAAUUACUAUGUUAAAUGACAAUCUGUAUCGCGAAACAUGUGAGAUCGUUAAGGAUCACAUUCAAGGAAAGACGGAACUCCAACUUAAUGGUUGUCUAUUCAAAGUGCAUUGUUACGGUGACAUUGUUAGUCGAAUGGUGCAAGUUGCGUAUAAAGCUAUAAAUAAUAUUAUUGACAAUGUUUGUGAACUAUGUUCCUUUGGAAAAUCAUUACCACUUUGGUACCUCACUAGUGCCCAGCACAAGGAUGCUUUGGAAUUAGGGUCUGGAGGUGAGUUUUCCUCACAAGAUGUGCGGGAUAAUUAUGAAGUACCUUCUGCAGAAGAAUGUGAAAAGGUUAGAAGUAUAUGUGAACCUAUGGAUAACAUUUAUGAGGUAACAGUGGCAUUAUUUGAAUCAAAAUAUCCAACUGCUAAUGCCUAUCUUUAUCAUCUUCGGGAGCUUCAGGCAAUACUGAUUCAGAAGUCCACAAGCACCGAUCGUUUCAUUCAACGUGUCACGAGGAAAAUGCUGAAAAAAUUUGAUAAGUAUUGGAAGGACAGGUACUUGGUAUUGCUGAUCACUAUGGUAAUGGAUCCUCGAUUCAAGAUGAAAUAUCUGGAGUUUUCUUCUUCGAAAUUUGAUGAUAGUGACGGAAUCCCAGGUGUUACAACUGUUUUGGAGGCCAUUUGCAGCCUUUUCAACAACUAUGUCAUCAAAUUUCCUGAAAGAGACAACAUUUCAAGUGAUUCAACUUCAUCUUCUGAGUUCGAAGAAGAAGAGGACAUAGAGGAGGAUUCUUACAAAAAUAUUGAGGAAGAACAUCAUAGUUUGGACGAUCGUUAUAAACUUCUACCAGAUUAUAUUCAGUUCAUCCAAUCUACGCAAGGCCUCCAACCACAGUUGGAACUAGAUUGGUAUUUGGAGGAACCUGUCAUGUCAUGGACCCAUGAGUUCAAUGCAUUGAGUUGGUGGAGAAAUGCAAGUUCAAAGAAGAGGAGGAAAGUUUCAAACUCCAGGUUUGGGUUUGUUAGAUACGACUAUGAGGUGGCUGCAAGGGUGGCGAUACAGAAGGAAGAUGGCUUGUGGUGUGGCAACAAGGCACUGAGGGUUAAAUGUGCUGAGUAUCAAAAGCCACAGUCAGCGGGGCUAGAGAAGCCUAGAGGGCUGAGUAGAGGAGAUGAAGGUCGUGAAGAGAAUUAG